UGACAGUCUUCGUGCGUAUGUCCACGUGCACCUGGCCCAAGCCACUUUGGCUCGAGUCGCCGGCUUGCCGCGCCGGGCGGGCUGGGCGCAAUGGGGCCGCGGGGCUUCUGGCGCGAGCUCCGGCAGAAGGGCGCUGGGCGCCAGCUCGAGGGUCGAGAGGUGGAGCGCCUGCUGGAGGGCCGCCGCGUCGCCGUCGACGCCGCCAUCUGGAUCUUCGAGGCGCAGAGGCAGCAGCAGGUGGCGCUCGCCGUCGGCCCGCAGCGCGCCGCCCUGAAGGUAAUCUUCGAGCGCUGCUCGAGGUGGCUGCGCAAGGGCGUGCUGCCCGUGGUCGUGCUCGAGGGCACCGGCGGCGGCAGGGGCGCGCGCGCGGCUGGGCGCGGCAGCAGCGCGCUGGGAAUGCUGACGCAGGUGCAGCCGCAGCUCAGAGAGCUGCUGGCGGCGCUGGGCGUGCCGUGUGUGCAGGCGGCCGGCGAGGCGGAGGCCGCGUGCGCGGAGCUGGCCGCCUGCGGCGCCUGCGACUUCGCGGCGAGCAGGGACUUCGACACGCUGCUGUUCGGCGCUCCCCGGGUUCUCGUCAACCUGACCCUGCGCUCGGACGCGGCGUCCACGUGCGAGCUCUGGGAGCUCGCGGAGGUGGAGCGGCUGACCGGCCUGAAGCGGGAGCACCUGGCGAUGGCCGCGUUCCUGGCGGGCUCGGACUACGACGUCCGGCCGAACAGGCGCGGCAGCGCCAAGGGCAACAGUGCCCUCCAGCGCGAAGGAGCCGGCGUCCGCGGCGUGGGAGCACGGAAAGCUAUUUCCACGCUUCAGGCCCUGAGCCAGGAGAGCGUCGACGCCGCUGGCGCGGUCAGGAAGUGGCUCCGAGGCAGCAUCGCCCCCGCGCUGAGAGCGGCGGCGGCGGCGCGGCUCCGGCCCAGGCGGCCCAGCGAGACCGCCGCGCAGAGGUCGGCGACGCUGGCGCGCAGGCGGAUGGGAAGGGUCGCCGCCGCCGCGGAGCUGGAGCCCGGCGCGCUGCGGGGGCAGGAGGCCGUCGCGCGCCAGUACGACCGCGCGGGCGCCGUGGCGCAGCCUCUGCACGUCGAGCUCCGGUGGGGAGGGAUUGCCGACCUCGGCCGCGCGGUCCGUGCGCUGGAGCCGGUGUGGCCUGCGCAGAUGGAGGCCGUGCUGCAGCGCAUCGCGGCCGGCUGCCCGGCGGCCUCGCGGCGCUCGGCGGAGGGCCGCCGCGCGUGGGCCGCGGGUGCGGGGUUGCCCUGGGUGCCGCUGUCAGCGCAGCCGCGCCUGGGCGCCAAGAAGGCGCUCGGGGCGGAGGUCAGCUGGGCAGCGCUGGCCAGCCCCGCCCCUCCGCAGGGGGAGGUGCAGUGGGCCCGCCUGGCGCUCGCGGCGGCGUGCGGGCUGUUGCUCGGGGGGCGCGCCGCGGCGCGGCCGUGCCUGCGGGCGAGCCUGGCCCUGUUGGAGGACUGCCCAGAGGAGACGCAGAGGGAGAGGCCGGCCCUGCGCGCGUGGGCACUCGAGAGGGGCCUGCCCGUGGUCCCGAGAGGCUGCGAGCAGCCGAAGAGGCGCAGCCAGGCGGCGGCCCAGGCGGUCCGGCUCUUGUGGGCGGACGCCUCCACUGGAGAGCCUCUGGCAACGAAGCACAGCCUGCCCGUCGGGAUCGAACAGGCGCGGCGCCUGGGCUUCUCUGCGAGCAGCACGAGCUACGUCCCCAGGGGGCAGAAGAGCAUCGAGGAGGAGGGCGAGUUUGCCGAGGAAGACGGCGCGGCAUCCAGUCGCUCGGGCCCGCCAUCAGACUGGGGCUGCGGCGAUAUCCAGUACUACGCCUACCAGUACGAGGACAUGCGCCAGCAGGUUCGGGCAGAGAUGGACGUGCAUAGCUUGGGUUUCGCCGACCAGGAAGAGCGAGAUCGGCAGGAACACGCGCAGGCUGAGCGGAGUCGCAACAUUGGGGCAUAUCGGCGGAGCACGACCGCCUCGGCUGCGAAGGCAGGUCAGCUUGAGGCGGAGGAGGCUGCGCGACGCCAGCGCGACGAGGACUUGGCGGGCCGGGAUCAGCUGGCGGCGGCCCGCAGCACUUUCAAGUGGCAAUCAGCUGCAACAGCCCUCCAAGACGCACCGGCGCACUUGCGUGGGAAGGACCCCGCGAAAUACAAGCGGAUCGCCGUGAUGCCUGCAGCGCAGGCAGCCCAGCUGCCCCCGAAACCGAAUCAGAUCCCACCCUUGGUGUUGUCAAGCCCGCAUGAGGCGGCGCAGGCGUUGCGCGCGGACUGGGCGAGAGCACCGAACUCGCACAAUGACCCCGACGCGCGGGAGAAGGAGAUGAGGCUUCGGGACAAGAGGAACGGGAUGAUAAUGGAGCGCCUCGUGGCGGGCGCUCCCGUCUUCAACUCGAGCUCGGGGAACAGCAUGUGGCCCCUGGUGCAGUCGGGCGACCGCUGCCUCUUCCACCCGAUCCAGGCGAUAACAGCGAUGGACGGAUCCCCCCGCAUCAUCGAGAAGGACGAGUCCCCCAUUGCCGUCGGGGACGUCGUGUUCUGCCGCGCCCAGCCGACUCGCCAGUACUGCGCCCACUUUGUGCGCCACGCAGAGUGGGACAGCUGCCGCCAGGAGAACAUGUACUGUAUCGGCGGCCUCCAAGUGCGCCACAAUUGGAGGCCGUGCAACGGCCACUGCUUUCGUCGUGACAUCUUUGGCAUCCUGAUCAAUGUCUACGUCAACAUAGGCGGGCGAUACCACAGGAGGCCCCACCCGCAGCCUCUGUACAAUAAGGUCGCGCCCCUGGUUGCGCAGGACGGGUGGAGCAACGCGGCCGAGAGAAUGUGCGAGGCGGAGUCAGACGCAGACAUGGAGCCGCCCGUGCCCGUCCACGAGGGUGAUACUGAGACUGCCGCCGCAUUGGCGGAGCUUCGCAGUGUCACAGGGCCACAGGGCCGCAUCCGCAAAGACGGGUGCCGCGAUAAAGGUGCCAAUGGGGGCCACGAUCACCUCAAGUAUUUCCUGGCGGAAUGCGCCCCGCAACUGCAGUUUCCGUUCUUCCACCCCGCGCCAUCAGGUUUGGAACUGCACAUGCCGUUUCCGCCGAAGCCGUUAAUGACGGACGCCCCGCCGAGCGCACCGCCGCUGUUUCCGCCGCGCGCCCCGCCGAGCUCCACCUGCAGCUCGCCGAGCAUGGGCUUCCCCAGCGACGAGGAGCUCGACCUACUCGAGCCAGCGCUGAAGAAGCACAAUGCGGGGCAGCCCAACGUGCCCAAGCGCGUGCAGUUCCACGCGGUCAAGACCGUCUUCAAUCUGAUGUACACAGAGUGGCCAGGGAGCAAGCCGUGGAGGCUGACGCCGAUAAGGCAACGCGCCGGCGGGGGCGGCAUCUUGCACCCGUCGUACUGGGCCAAGCUUGCGCACCACAAGAAGAUGAAGACCCACUCCUUCAGGCGCCACGUGGGGCAGGGGUGCAACUGCCAGAAGGACAAUGAGGGGAAGGGCGCUGUGUGCUUCUAUUGCAGCCGCGUGCACUCGCAUGUUAUGCGGAAGAACAACCAGCGGGAUGAGGAUGAUAUCGGGGUGAAGCUCGACAUCACUUCAUGCAGUGCCUUGUGCAGCGCUUUGGAUUUGCGGGGCAUCUCCACCUGCAGCUCGCCGAGCAUGGGCUUCCCCAGCGACGAGGAGCUCGACCUACUCGAGCCAGCGCUGAAGAAGCACAAUGCGGGGCAGCCCAACGUGCCCAAGCGCAACGGCGCCGGCGGGGGCGGCAUCUUGCACCCGUCGUACUGGGCCAAGCUUGCGCACCACAAGAAGAUGAAGACCCACUCCUUCAGGCGCCACGUGGGGCAGGGGUGCAACUGCCAGAAGGACAAUGAGGGGAAGGGCGCUGUGUGCUUCUAUUGCAGCCGCGUGCACUCGCAUGUUAUGCGGAAGAACAACCAGCGGGAUGAGGAUGAUAUCGGGGUGAAGCUCGACAUCACUUCAUCUGCCUCUGGCGCGCCCGAGAUGGCGACGUCCGAGAGCCCUCGGAUGAUUCGCAAGAAGCGGGCCGCCACCGACGAUAGCAGCGGGUCCUCGCCGCCGACGAUAGCAGGCCACCUGGGCGCGAUUCAACUGGCGAAGGUCCGAUCCCCGGCGCCCCCGGCGAACGCGGCUCCGCGAUUGGAGCCAGCCUCCCCGGCAACCUCCAACUGUUCCGACGCCGCCGCGUCUCAGUUGAAGGGCGGCCCGCCGUUGCACGAGACUCAGGGCGACGACGACUCCAUGGGCCUCUCGGACAUGUCGCCGUUCACGUCGGGCGAGGGCGAGGGGGGGGGGCUGACCAUCGCCGCCAAGGUCGAGUUGGCGCCCAAGGCCCAGGCGAUUGCGACUCGGACCUCGGCGCCAGAGGUCUUCAACCCAGACUCAGCCUCGCCCCCGAGGCAGGUCGCCAGGCGCAAGCAGCUCUGCGUGAUGGCGGAGGUACUCCACGUCGAAACCCGCGAGGUGCUUCGUAACGCCACGUCGGUGUCUUUAUCCCUGGGCGAGUCGAAGUACCGCAAGGUUGAUAGAUAUCGCGCUGACGCGCCUGCCCCUGGCGGCGGCGCCAGGGCUUCAGGCUAUUGCCGCUCUGGCGUGCUCGGCGUCCUCGAUUGCAGGAAGAGCGGCGCAGCGGAGUUCGAGGAGGUGCGGCGCGAGCUGUUCGAUGACCGACGCGCCCUGGCGCCAGACGUAAUGAACAGCGACAAGUGGCACAACCUAUUCGUGGCCAUUCAAGAGGACAACAUCCUGCCUCUGGCGGAAGCUGGUCUUGGUCGCAAGCCCUUGGAAGCUGUUGUGCGGAAUCUAUUGUUCGCCAAGCAGCGGUCCGAUUCCACGGCGGGGCCAGUCGGGGAGAUUGCGCACAUGUUGUUGCCCGUGGCGACUUUGCUUGCUUACAUCGCGUCUGACAAACGUCACGACAGCGAGCAGCGUGAGCGAGCCGCGACUUAG